AUGGCGGAGACAACGAAAGAAAAGGUUGAGAAAGUGCUUCAAGUAAAAUUAACGGUAGAUCAGUUACGAGCUAUAGAAAGCAUACAGCGGGGCCAAGAUGUAUUCGUAGGUACGAGGACAGGGAGUGGAAAGUCCCUCAUCUCUGAGAGUUCUCCAGUGGUGUUUGGACAAUCGGCUGUAUGUGUCAUAAUUUCCCCGCUACUAAGCAUUAUCAAGGAGCAAGUGAAUCGGCUUACAGGACUGGGUUUCCGUGCAACAUAUGUCGGAAUGUCCGAUUGUUGCAAAGGCGAUUUAUCUAAGGGCUAUUACCAAUUCGUAUUCGGAAGUCCUGAAGCUUUAGUUGGAAAUGACGAAUGGAGAGAUAUCUUUAGGCACCCCGAAUUUUCGGCACGACAUAGGUUGACAGUCAUUGACGAAGCCCACACAGUUUAUCAAUGUAACCCUAUAGCUUCCAGACUUCCGGGUGAGGGGCAGAAAAAUGAGGAAGCCUUCAGAAAAUAUUUUUCAAAGAUUGGCGAGUUACGAUCCCUUAGUUUGAAUGUGCCCAUACUUUCACUAACUGCAACAGCUAGUCCAUCGAACAGGAAAAAAAUAAUGAAAAGGGACAAGACAAUUAUAAAACAUAAACUGGAAUCCCUGCAAGCAGCUCAAAGUAACAUGCCAGAUUUGUUUGAUGACCAUUCUGAACUUAGUGACGAAACCAUCAAUAGUUUAUUCGUCAAUUGUCACAAAAUAUUUACCAUUAACGAUGUAAUGGAAUAUGCAACAGUUUGGUUGUUUGAUACUGCUGUGCAAGUACUUCAGAUAUUUGAUGACGUGUUUAAUGACAUUUUGAUGUAUGAAUCAUCUGACACAGAGUCAGAUUAG